GGUAGAAGGCGGUGUAAAGCCCGACACGACAGACGGGAGGAAGAAAGAGGGGCGACCCUGACGCAGAGGCCGAGGCCAAACCUCGGGAUUGAAGCGAAACAUCAAAACCAUCAAAAUGGCAGACAUUGACAAAGACGAAUCUGACAGUUUGCAAGUGGAGUUUGAAUGGCUCUUACGGAAAGAAGUUCAUGCAGUUCUUGCACAACUACAAAAUAUUUUGCAGGAAUGUGGACGACGAUUUCCGGUACCACUAUUUGGUACUGAUGGGCCUCAAAAACAAGACAAAUUUGUUUUGACCACCCCUCCCGAUCAGUUGAAAUGCAUUGUGUCAGUGAUGGGAGAUAACAUAACUCAAGCAGAAAUAACCUUGAAGGUGCAGAGACAACAAAAUGUAAUUUACAGGACCUCAAUUCAAAAUGACAGUCCAUGGAAACUACAGCAAGUGCAAGACGCUGGGAAUCACCUUCAGCAUGCUCUGCAACACAUUGAUAGUGUUGACCCAGACUAUUCAUUUCGGUCAUCUGAAGAAGUUCUGCAUCUGUUGGGUGACAUUUUAGGAUGUCUUCAAAGAGGUCGCACAAGCCUGAUUGUUCCUCGCAAGCGUACCAUUGAUGAUCUCAUGAAGAGCAGAAAUAUGAGAUCGCUGGUCCCUAAUUUACCUGAGGAUCUAGCAAUCAGCUUUUAUAUUCAAAGUCAUAAGCUUGUCCUUGCUGUGUAUCAUUUGAGUACUGUUCAUGGCAACCUGAAGUUUGACACCUUCCAAGCUGAAUGCUCUGUACCAUGGAUAAGUGAGGUUCUUGUACUGUUCACUGUAGCAUUGCAGCUCUGUCAGCAGCUGAAAGACAAGAUCUGUGUGUUUUCACAAUAUAAAGAUUUUUCAGCCACGAGUACCAACACAGCAGCUGUAGUUUGGUGAUUCUUCCUUGUUCAGUAUUCUGCUGCUACGGGUUAUGCUAUUGCAGUAUUCAGUGUCACCCUUUAAAAAUGCCCAAGAAAUACUCCUCUCCUUCUGAGGAUCAUGGCAUGUAGUUUUUCACUUAACGGUGAUGCAUCGUUAGUGUAAAUAUUAGGCAAAAAUAUUUUGAAAUUAAUUGUUGGGUAUUAGUUUAUUUUACCCACUCAUAAGAAAAAUAAAUUUUUAGAAAGUUGGUUUCUUUAAAAAAAGUGUCUUUGUCUUUUUGGGUUUGAGUGAUUGAGUAUUAUGGAACAGUGAGGAAGUAAUUUUAGUGUGAGUAGAACGCCAUUUUCAGGAAACACCCAUUUGUGUUGAUUUCUAAUAGUAAUUUCAUUACAAAAAGUAGGAUGAAUGGUACUUGAUAUUAACAAAAUAUGUACCGGUAUGUCGAAAAGAACUCAACCACUAAUUUUGUUUUUCAUACUUUAUUUUUAUGUUAGUUUGCUAGUACCCUUUGUGAAAAUUUAGAGGCUUCACAUUGUCAAUUUCUUGGCUUUGUGUCAAUUAAUAAUGUCACAUCUUUUUUACCUACAUUUUGAAUGACAAUUUUUGGUAACGCAUUUCAAAGUUAACUCGAUCUUAAACAUUUUUAAGUAGUUACUGAUGUAUAGUGUGUUGCUGUUUGCCUUAAUUCCUAAAUUAGGAUAUGAAACUUUUACCUGUUAAUGCUAAUUUCAAAUUCAGUGUUAGUGGAAACUUGUAAAUCUAGAUUUUGGCAUUUAUUCAUAUUUGUUGAAUCGUAAAAAUCAGGGUAUAGAAUGUUUUCUUAUGUACCAACAAUGGUUUUCAAUGCCCAGUUCUUUUUUCCUACUUAAAAAAAAAACAUCAUUUUUUUAUCGUUUUAAAUUUAACCCACGCGUUCAGCCUUACUACUAUUUUACAAUAUGCCAUAUGUACUGAACUGAAAAGCUGGAAGAGCAGGAUACAAUCUCAUAGAGAGAUUUUAAGGAGCCUUGUAUUGGUGCCAGUAAGAAUGAAAGUUUUUCUUUCUGAAUCUGGAUAUGUUUUCAUGUUGUGAUUUUGUAGGCUUAUUGCUCGAAUGUUCCUCUAGACAUGAUGCAGAUAAUAUCCACAUCGUGCACCUAUCAUAGACAAUAAGAAUGUGUGGCUCAUUUCACUGUGAUGGAGCGUCUGUGUUUACUGAGCAAUAAAUGUUCUAAAAGUUCACUAAA